AUGACUGCCUUUUUCAAUCGAUAUUUUGAGCCAUAUUAUCUGAUUGAGCCCGAGCAUAUCUCGGUUCAAACAGGUGCUGGUGCAUCUGUAAACCAAUUAUAUCUAAAUAUAUGUGAUGAAGGAGAGUACUGUAUGAUCCCAGGCCCUUAUUAUGGUGCAUUUGACUUGGAUGUCUCGGUUCAGACCGGAGUCAAGAUUAUUGAAGUCUUUCCUCAUACAUUGACUGACAUGACAGUAGAUGGUAAUGAACUGGAAAGAGUCUAUCAAAAGACUAAAAGUGAAGGCAAGCGUAUUACGUCUAUCUUGAUUACAAAUCCAGAUAAUCCAUUAGGAAGAUGCUAUUCUCGUAAAGAUUUGGAAACGUAUCUUAUCUUUGCUUCUAACCAUAACUUACAUAUUGUUUUUGAUGAGAUCUAUGCUUUAUCUACUUAUAGUCAUAUAGUUGAGAAAACUGAUAAGUCCGUUUUUAUUUCUGCUUUAAGCUUGGAUUACAAAAAGCUUAUUCAUCCUUCUCUGGUUCAUGUCAUCUACGGUAUGUCUAAAGAUUUUGCACUUAAUGGAUUUCGAGUGGGUUUUAUCAUUGACCAAUUUAAUGAAAAUUUAAGAAAGGCGCUUUCUCGUAGUUCAAUAUUCAGUUAUACAUCAACUAUUACAGAUCGUUUACUUUGUAAUUGGUUUAAAGACGAAAGAUGGAUAGAUGAAUAUAUAUUAGAAAAUAGACAAGCAUUAGCUGAUAAUUACAUCAGAACAACACAAUAUCUAAAAGAGCAUCAAAUUAACUUUAUCCCUGGAGAGGCUGGUCUCUUUUUCUUGAUCGAUAUUCGAUCUCUCUUAAAGAAGAAUUUCAAUGAAAUUACUCAUGAAGACGAGAAGUAUAUUUGGCAUACUUUAAUUGAUCAUGGUGUCUAUAUGGCACCUAGUUUUGUAUUUCAUUCCAAGAUUCCUGGAUUCUUUCGUUUGACUUUUGCAAUUCCAUGGGAGAUACUUGAAAAGGGUUUAGACAAUAUUAUCGAGACCUUUGCAAAUAUACAAUAA